CAGCCGCAGCCGCCAUGAAGGCGCCUCAAGCCCAGCGGCCGGCGGGUCAAGCGCUGCGGGGGGAUGGCGGCGGGGGCCUGGCCGAGGCGCUGGGCGAGUUCGACGAGGUGCUGGCCGAGUUCUCCUGCCCCGCCGGCCGGCGCCGCUUCCACUACGGCGAGCACCUGGAGCGCAUGAAGCGGCGGAGCAGCGGCAGCGACGGCAGCGGCCUCAGCGGCGCCGAGAGUGCAGAUUCUCUCUACAGAAAUAGUUUCAGCCUCAGUGAUGAAAAGCUUAACUCUCCAACUGCAUCUACUCCAAGCUUGCCAUCUCCAUUGGUAACUCCAUGUAAAGCAAAGCUUGGAGACACAAAAGAACUGGAAGACUUCAUUGCUGACCUUGACAGGACACUAGCAAGUAUGUGAAAUGAACCUUGGUCAUUGUGCUUGCCUGUGAGUGUCCUUUGAAGGUUAGGUGACAUCAAUCUCUGAGAUCUACUGCCCUUGUCUGAUAACUUUGCUACCCCAGAUAUUCACCUUCUGAACGUAACCUUUGUAAAUAACCUGCAACAUCAGUUUGUUUUUUGUUUUAUUUUGCAGCAGAUGGAAUAAGAUAACUCAAGUGUUGCAUCUGUAUUUUGCUUUAAAAUAUAGCUUGAAUUUUAAUUUAAAGUUGCUUUUAUGAAAGUAUAUUUGUGAUUUUUAUAUAGUUGAGAACCUUCUAAUGCUUUUGUCCAUUAUAAUAUAUUUUUGUAUGCAAAUAAACUCUGAACUGGAAUCCA